CCCCAACAUUUUGAGACAGAGAGAACGGGAGAGGAAGACAGGAGGACAAGCGACCGGCGACGCCGUCAUAACAACACCAGCUGUUUCUUUUUGUAAUAAAUCAUUUUAGAACGUUACUAGAGUGGCGGAGUUGCCUCUGAGAGGACAGAACCUUCACGCAGACUGCGAGAGUUGUCUCCAUAAAGAUCCUGAGUAUGGCAGGCCAAGCUGGGCACAACUUCAGCAAGUUUGUUCUCUGGGGGAGAAAUAUUGUUGCUGUUGGUAGGAACUACAGAGACCACUGUGCAGAACUUGGAAAUGCUGUUCCUACAAAGCCUUUGCUCUUCAUGAAGCCUCCUUCUUCAUACCUGGAAGAGGGCCUUGGACCCAUAUUGAUACCUCGAGGGAGUAACAGCUGUCACCACGAAGUAGAACUAGGAGUGGUGAUUGGAUCGGUGUGUCGAGAUGUGUCCGAAAAUGAUGCUAUGUCACGCGUUGCUGGAUAUGCGCUUGCGCUGGAUAUGACAGCAAGAGAUUUCCAGGAGGAGGCCAAGAAGACAGGGAAUCCAUGGACUAUGGCCAAGUGCUUUGACACUGCACUUCCAAUUUCCAGGUUUCUUUCCACUAAGGAACUGAGUGACCCUAGUGCUGUGAAGCUGUGGUGCAAGGUAAAUGAGGAAAUGAGACAAAAUGGCACUACAGCAGAUAUGGUCUUCAGCAUACCCUACCUCAUUUCGUAUAUCACGCAGUACUUCACGCUUCACCCGGGGGAUCUCGUUCUCACUGGUACACCUGCAGGAGUUGGCCCAGUGCUGCCUGGCGACGUUAUAUCUGCAGGCCUGGGAGAUCUUAUCACAAUGAAGUUCAAUGUUGCUCAGAGGGAAUAAACUAUUGCUGUAUAGUUAUUAUAUUGGUCUUCCAAGAGUGCCUAUUUUAUCUUGUUAAAGAGCAUCAAAAAUGUUAAGUUUGUGUACAGUAUUUUGAUGUAUGUACUACAUCAUAUAAGAAACAUUUAAAAAAAAUUCACUACCUUUUGUAAGGUAUAAUUUUUGAUCCAUAAUUUAUCUAAAUUUACCUAAGGGCUACUAUCUCUCUAGUUGCCUCGAUGAAGACGGGAAGCUGGCAGCUUGUCAAGUGUACCCUAUUCAUCCUGAUUUUAUGAAGCUGGAUCCUUAAGGUUGUCCUGCUUUGUGUGAUAUAAAUUACAGUUUCAAUGCAUAUAACCAAUAAUGGUUUCAGAAUAAAUUGCUCAAUGUAGUGCUCAUAUUUUUACAAUUUUGCAUAUUUUUAUGGAGAAACUGUUAAUGUACAAUUUGUGAAACUAUUAGCAGUUUCACACUAAAAUAAUAAAAUCGAUACAAUGUACAAAUGAGAA